AUGCGACCUCCAUACCCUAAAUGGUAUGACAUGAAUACCCAAUGCGAAUACCAUGCGGGGAUACCAGGGCACUCGAUCGAGAACUGUACUGCAUUUAAGAAGGCAGUGGAAAGAUUCAUUAAGAUGGGGAUCGUAAAGUUUGACAACCCAUCAGGACCAAGCGUAGCAGGAAAUCCGUUACCCAAUCUUUCUGAUAAAGGGGUAAAUACAAUAAUUGAGAAUGGGGGAAGGAGAAUCAAAGAUGAAUUUGCUGAGGUAAAUACCCCACUGAAAUGGGUUUGGAAACAAAUGAUAAAUGGAGGUCUAAUCAAGCAAGAAUCAAAAGAAAGGCCUGAAGGAAUAAAGAAAUAUUGCGAGUUCCAUGCCAAAGAAGACCAUGACAUUCAAAACUGCACUGAAUUCAAGGCCAUGGUACAAAAUCUAAUGAACAACAAAGAGCUAGAAUUUUAUGAAGAAAUCGAAGGACUAGAAGAAGGAGAAGUUUAUGCCUUGGAGGAAGGACCUACGGGAAGAGCCCAAAAUCACCCAGUGGUGAUUAUUUCAAGGCCAAGGAGCACAGAUUUUGGAACACAAAUGGCGCCAAGGGUCAUAAUCCAAAAACCUGUAGCCUUUCCUUACAAGGAUAGCAAAAAGGUUCCUUGGAAUUAUGACUGCAAUGUGACUGUUACGGGAGAGGAGAAACUGAUAAAUGCUUCAGAAGAGGGUAAUGAUGCAGGCUUCUAUACGCGCAGUGGAAAAUGCUAUGACCCAGUAAAUACAAAAGUAGAUACUACAAAAGGAAAAGCCUUGGCGGUUGAACAAGAUAGAACCAAGACGGCUAGAAUUGAAUCGCAUGUUAAUAAACUGGUGACCGAAGAUGAGGCUAGAGAAUUUUUAAAAUUUCUAAAGCAUAGCGAGUACAGUGUGGUGGAACAGCUGCAUAAGCAACCGGCUCGUAUCUCAGUGCUCGAGCUACUUCUAAGUUCAGAGACACAUCGUAAUGCGUUGAUAAAAGUGCUAAAUGAGACUUAUGUUGCUAACGAUAUCUCAGUGAACAAAUUGGAUCGCCUGGUUAACAAUAUAAAUGUCGACAACUUUAUCUUCUUCAAUGAUGAUGAGAUACCGCCAGGGGGCAUGGGAUCUACCAAGGCCCUGCACAUCACUACCUAUUGCAAGGGAUGCAUACUACCGGGGGUACUCAUUGACAAUGGAUCAGCACUGAAUGUUUUACCCCUGUCCACUUUAAACAGGCUACCUGUGGAUAGCUCUCACAUGAAGUCAUGCCAAAAUAUAGUGAGAGCAUUCGAUGGCACUGAAAGGAGGGUAAUGGGAAGAAUAGAGAUCCCCCUCUUGAUUGGCCCAAAUACAUACGAGGUGGAUUUCCUAGUGAUGGAUAUUAAGACUUCGUAUAAUUGCCUAUUGGGGAGGCCUUGGAUCCAUUCUGCAGAGGCUUUACCAUCGUCACUCCACCAAAAUUUGAAAUUGGUAACAGAGGGCCGAUUAGUAACUAUAGGUGCAGAAGAAGACAUCAUCACAUCAGUUACCAAUGACGCGCCAUAUAUAGAGGCCAAUAGUGAAAUGAUAGAAUGUUCAUUCCGAUCAUUAGAAUUCGUAAACGCAACAUUUGUCAUCGAGGGGAGUAAAAUUCUAGCGCCUAAAAUAUCCAAAGCUACGACAAUGGGUUUGCAGCUAACAAUGGGAAAGAGAACGUUGCCUGGAAGAGGACUUGGGAAAUACCUCCAGGGAUGGGUCGAAGUACCAAUCUUGGUUAACAAACAGGACCGUUGUGGUUUGGGGUAUAAGCCUGACGCAAGGGAAAGAAAGAAGGAAUUGGAGAAAAAGCGAGAGAAAAGAAGAGCACGUUUGAGCGGGAUGGAAACCAAAUGGGAACCAAUGACCUUUACCCAUAUAUCUAGGACAUUUGUGUCUGGGGGAAUUGUCUACCCCGAAGGGAAGAAUGAAGCUACGAAAGGAAAGACCAGAAGGUUGGACAUCAAUGCCAUAUUUGAAGAGGAAAGGGUGGAAAGAAAUUUAUCGGGCAUUCGCCCUUACGAACCUGGAAGUGUUCUGAACAACUGGACUGCAGAGGAUAUCCCUGUAACAUUUAGAACUAAUUCAGAAUAA